AUGACUUCCGACAAGGCACACUUCACCAAGCUCCCGGAGCCCAUCUUCGGUGGUGAUUCCAUCCGCGAUCGCCUCAACGAUGAGUACCUCGACGGGAUUGAGAACUACAUCGAUGAGCUCCACGCCCAUCUGCUGACCAUCCAAAAAGAUGAGACCGAUGCGCGAGGGGAGUUUGCUGAAGACCUCAAGAAGCUCGCCUCGGCCAAACCUGGCAAGAAGAGGACGAAUGAUGAGACUCAGUACCAGCAGAUGUUCCAGUCCCGCAUGAAGAAGAUCAAGAGCCGCAGGAAGCACUUCCGUCAGAUGCUCUUCGACGCCUUCGAUGAACGAAAGAAGCUCAUCGAGAGCAUGGGCCUCCAGAAGCGCGAGGAGGAAGUCCUCCGGCGCAAGUUGCAAAAGCUGGUGGCGUUGGACAACGAGCCGGUGGAGAAGGCCCCCAAUCUGGUGGACCUCUUCUUCUGGGUGUACCUUAUCUUCCAGGUCAUCACCUGCGUCAUCUACUGGGUCGCCUGCGACUACAGCGACGACACCAACUCUCCCCCCAACAUGGGCUACACCCAUAGGUCCGCCAACUGGUACACCAUUUGGGUGCACGUGGCGAUGCUCGUUCUCGCUGGCUUCUCGUUCUUCUACACCUUCAUGCGGAAGUACGCCUACUCGGCCAUCAGCCACACCUUCCUCAUCACCGUCCUCGCCGCCCAGUGGACCAUCCUGCACCUGAUCUUCUGGCAGAAUGUGGAUGACGGCGGCGACUGGGCGAGGGGUGAUCUGACGAUUCUCUCGCUGAUCGACGGUUACUACGGCGCCACGGCGUGCCUGAUCACGUUUGGCUUCCUGCUGGGCAAGGCCAGCCCGCUCCAGCUCGUCUUCCUCACCCUCUUCGAGGUGGGCUUCUACGCGCUCAACAGGUUCGUGGUGCUGAUGGUCCUCGACGCCGUCGACAUCGGUGGCGCUCAGACAGUGCACCUUUUCGGCACCCUGUUUGGUCUCGGUGUCGUGGGCGUGCAGACCCUGAUCGGCCAGCUGCUGCAGGAGGACAAGGAGAGGCUCAAGGAGUUUGAGAAGGACAAGCAAUCGUCGUAUGUGUCCAACAUCUUCACCCUGCUCGGCACCCUGAUCAUGUUCGUCAUGUGGCCCGGAUGGAACGCCGCCUACGCCCCCAACGGCUCUCAGUACCGUGUGGUGGUGAACACCUUCCUGGCGAUCACGUCGUCGUGCAUCAUGGCCUUCCUCACCUCGCGCACCAUCCGCGCCGGCAAGUUCCUCAUGUUCGACAUCCAGCGCGCCACCCUCGCCGGUGGUAUCGCGAUCGGUUCGGCUACGCCCGUGGUGGUGAGCCCCGGUGGCGCCAUGGUGAUCGGUCUGGUGGCCGGUAUCGUCUCUGUGCUGGGCUACGCCUACGUGAACCCGGCCAUCGGCUACUUCAAGAUCCACGACCACGCGGGCGUGCUGAGCCUGCACGGCCUGUCGGGUCUGCUGGCCGGCGUCGCCGGCAUCAUCUCGACCGCCAUCGCCUGCCAGAACGACUACGUGUUCGGCCAGCCCGUCGAGGAGCUCUUCCUCCGCGGCGGCUCGCAGGCCGGCUACCAGGUGCUGUGCCUCAUCAUCUCGAUCGGCAUCGGCCUCGGCGGCGGUAUCGCCACGGGCGUGGUCCUGUUCUUCCUGGACAUGCUGGCCCAGUACGUGCCCCAGGUGGCCGAGCCCGAGAAGAUGCUCUACUCCGACCAGAGGCACUUCCACGUCCCGGCCGACUUUGAGCGCACCAUCGUCCCCAGCAAGGUGAGGUGA